AGGGAUAACAAGAAACGCGGCUGUGCCUUCGUGCAAAGCUCUCCACCGCUCCAAUCCUAAAGCUCCUUCUGGUAUCUACUGGAUUGACCCGAACCGUGGUUCCCACGAUGACGCUUUCCAGGCCUACUGCGACCAGUGCACAGCGGGAGGAGGUUGGACACUAGUGUGGAGUUACAACUUCACCAACUACGGCAGUUUUACGAGUACCUCCAAUGCAGUAACCCCGAGACCCAACUGGCCGGUGAGAACGGCGAAUGUACGAGUUUCAACGACCGCACCGCGAGGUGAGACCAACUAUGAGGCAAUGAACUUCAAAUUGUGGCGUCGACUCGGUAGGGAGAUCCUGAUCAAGUCGAACAUCAAUAACUGGAUCGUGUGCAAGCCUGGCAGCGGGAGCCUGGUACUGUGGAAGGCAGGUUCGAUCAACUGCAGGGUCGUUAAAGUUGUGGCCAGAAAAUGUCCAACCACUGUGCCGACAAGUCUAACAAUCCAUUCUUAUGGGCCAUAUUUGGCUAACUCCAGUCUAUACUACUACUUCGAUGGCUACACUGGAGCUAACUGGCCCACCCACGACCCUUGUGGUAUUAAUGCCGCUAAMCACCUACACAACAUAGCUAACCCACACGGUAACAUAUACGUGAGAUAAAAACGGCUUAUAGAAUACACUGAAGUCGCCAAACCAAUAGCCUCGGUUCCUCACGGGUCCUCUCUACUAACGACCGUGGAGAGGGUCCGUGGGGAUCUGGGACCGAAAGUAAUGGCGGCUGGGGAGAAGACUACCAAACCAAAAAACUAAGAUAAGCAUUUUAAACUUCAACUGUAAAUGGAGAUCAGUCAUUAAAUWAAAUAAAAAGCUAACUCAGUCCCCGAAA